AUGUUUCUUUCUAAUGGUAUUUUGUCUUUGUCAACAGGAAGAGGUGAAGCAGGCGGCGCAAUGGCGUGCGCCGGCUGCGAGAAACCCAUCCUGGAUAAGUUCCUUUUGCACGUCUUGGAGCGGGCGUGGCACGCCGCCUGCGUUCGCUGUGCGGACUGCCGCGCACCGCUCGCGGACAAGUGCUAUUCUAGGGAUAACAAACUGUUCUGCAGAAAUGAUUUCUUUAGACGUUACGGAACAAAAUGCAGCGGCUGCGGUCACGGCAUAUCACCAUCUGACCUGGUUAGAAAAGCGCGGGAAAAGGUGUUCCACCUGAAUUGCUUCACCUGCCUUGUAUGUCGGAAGCAGCUGUCAACAGGCGAAGAAUUGUAUGUGCUGGACGACAACAAGUUUAUCUGUAAAGAGGAUUACCUCGCGGGGAAGGCGCCAACGCAUUCUGACAUGGCCAAGAAGCGUCAGAGCGUGCCCAUUUCAAACAAAAACAACUUCCCCAUAUCGGUUGCAGAGCAAAUAGCCAGGAGCCUGGAAAAUGUUUAUGUUAGGGGUCCCACCCCAGUGCCAUAA